CGGAGUGACAGCACGGAGGAGGGUUACGUCUGCCAACUGCUGGAUUUCCCAAGUUUGCCUGCCCUUACCUAGGUGCGAGCUGAGGUAUUUUAGAGACCCAAGAUGGGCAGAAAGGAUGCUUCCACUUUGAAACUUCCUGUUGAUCAAUAUAGAAAACAAAUUGGUAAACAGGACUACAAGAAAAACAGACCUGUUUUAAGAGCAGCCAAGUUAAAAGCAGAAGCCAAGAAAGCAGCAAUAGGCAUAAAGGAAGUCGGCCUUGUGCUUGCAGCUAUAUUAGUGCUCCUGCUGGCUUUCUAUGCUUUCUUUUAUCUUAAAUUAUCCACUGAGGUUGACCCUGUCCUAGAGGUGAAUGAAAAUUAGCAGUACAUUGAUCAUUGGAUCUCAGUCCCUUUUUGGAAAAGUGAAUGCCUUGGAUAACACUAUUUGAGAAUGCUCUCACCAACAACGUUCUGAACUUUUUCAAAGCAUGAAACUCCUUCGGAUCUUUCAGCUAUUCUUCAUUUGGGGAACAUUUUAAGGUUUAAAUAAUUAUCAAGCAAAGAUCCUCACCUUGCAAUGGAAUAUGUCAAGACACACUGGACAUUUUUACAAUGUGUUAUUGUUGUUGCCGUUUUUCUUAUAUUGCAGAAAAGACAAGUUUUCUCUAGUUAUGCUGCUUAGCUAUAUAUACACACACACA